AUGGAUAAUAAUAACCGAGGAAGAUUUCCACCGGGGAUCGGAGCGGAUCCAAAUUUUCAGUCACGGAAUCCGAAUCCGAAUCCGCAGCAGCCUCAGCCUCAACAGUACCUUCAGUCACGGACUCCAUUUCCGCAGCAACCUCAACCUCAACAGUAUCUUCACUCUCCGUCUCCGAAUCCACAGCAACCAGCUCAGCAGUACGUUCAGCGAGGUUACCCACAAAACCCUCAGCAGAUUCAACAACAACAACAAUGGUCUACAACAAGUGCUCAGCUUCCUGGUACUAAUCCGAAUUAUGUAGAUGAAGUCGAGAAGACUGUUCAAUCUGAAGCUAACAACGAUUCUAAUAGCCAGGAUUGGAAGGCAACGUUAAAUCUGCCACCUCGAGACAAUCGUUACCAGACAGAGGAUGUGACUGCGACUAAAGGAAAUGAAUUUGAAGAUUACUUCUUGAAGAGAGAUCUGCUUAGGGGAAUAUACGAAAAGGGUUUUGAGAAGCCAUCUCCUAUCCAGGAAGAAAGCAUCCCCAUUGCUUUGACUGGCAGUGAUAUCCUCGCUAGAGCCAAAAACGGGACUGGAAAGACUGGUGCCUUCUGUAUUCCAACUCUUGAGAAAAUUGAUCCAGAGAAGAAUGUCAUUCAAGCCGUGAUUCUUGUCCCAACUCGAGAGCUGGCUCUUCAGACGUCACAGGUUUGCAAGGAGCUUUCCAAAUAUUUGAAGAUUGAGGUUAUGGUCACCACUGGAGGUACCAGCCUGAGGGAUGAUAUCAUGCGACUGUAUCAACCUGUCCAUUUGCUGGUUGGAACUCCUGGAAGAAUAUUAGAUCUUUCCAAAAAGGGUGUCUGUGUUUUGAAAGACUGUGCAAUGCUUGUUAUGGAUGAGGCCGACAAGCUUUUGUCUGCAGAGUUUCAACCUUCUAUAGAGGAGCUGAUACAGUUCUUGCCGCAAAACCGUCAGAUUCUGAUGUUUUCAGCUACAUUUCCUGUCACCGUGAAGUCUUUCAAGGAUCGAUAUCUCAGUAAGCCUUACGUUAUCAAUCUCAUGGACCAGCUCACACUUAUGGGUGUUACCCAGUAUUAUGCAUUUGUUGAAGAGAGACAGAAGGUGCAUUGCCUCAACACGCUUUUCUCCAAGCUGCAAAUAAACCAAUCAAUUAUCUUUUGCAACUCUGUCAAUCGUGUGGAGCUGUUGGCCAAAAAGAUCACAGAACUCGGUUACUCAUGCUUCUACAUCCAUGCUAAAAUGGUUCAAGAUCACCGGAACAGGGUUUUCCAUGAUUUCCGCAAUGGUGCAUGCAGAAACCUUGUUUGCACUGAUUUGUUUACACGUGGGAUUGACAUUCAAGCUGUGAAUGUGGUCAUCAAUUUCGACUUUCCUAGGACUUCUGAGUCGUAUCUACACAGGGUAGGAAGAUCAGGAAGGUUUGGACACCUGGGUUUGGCUGUGAAUUUGGUGACUUAUGAGGACCGCUUCAAAAUGUAUCAGACUGAGCAAGAACUUGGGACCGAAAUCAAGCCAAUACCGUCACUUAUUGACAAGGCAAUCUACUGUGUUUUGAGGAGGCAAAUCAUUCAGCUUUGGCAGCCACAUAAGCUCAUUCCAGAGAUGAAGGCAACACACAGAAUACUGUUACCGUGGCAAGAAGUGACAGUAUAG